AGAGAGAGAGAGAGGGGGAGGGGAAGAGAGAGAGAGAGGAUAGGUGGUUCAUAAAGUUUGGUGAUGGACUUUAGUGGCGCUCUUCAUUUCAGGCACAUUAUUUGAGUCUUAACACAAUCGUGCUUAGUCUGUUUUAUUGUCUGCCGCUGAUAUUAUCAUGCCCAUAUUUCCUACAAUCCCUCCCCGUCUCCCGCCGCGUGGUGACGGCGGCGACAGGCUACGGGGUGGCACCUGAGGAAGGGGUGACCCCUCCGGGCUGUUGACACCAGGCCGGGCGAACGGGAGUAAGGAGAGUCAGUCCACCGCCGACUAGUGACGGGGCAGGACGUAGCCCCUCGCUCUCGGCUUCCCUUGCACGUUGUCCCUCGCACAGACCUGAGUCAGGAGCGGGCUUUUUGACAUCCAGUAGCCGGCCCGGAGGAUGCGCCUCGGCCCCAGCGCGUUGCUUGUGCUGUGCGACGCGGCCUGGUGGUGAACUGUGCGGCGGUGGGGAGCGACGUGCAAAAGGCUUGUAAAUGGCUCGCGCCCUCAUGUGGAUUGUGCCAGCCAUCAGCCUCCUGGCCUGCUGUUCGCUGGGAGAGGCAGAUGCCGACCGCCGCCGCCAACGUGACUCUGGGGACCUGCUGCGCGGGGUGACGGUGCCUCAGUAUGCCUUUGCAGGGGGCCAAGCGACACUCAGUUGCUCCUACGAUCUGCACAACCGCCGCCUCUACUCCCUCAAAUGGUACCACAACGGCACCGAGUUCUACCGCUACGUUCCCACCGAGCGCCAGGGACCCACCACUACCAAGACGCCGCACAAGUUUACAGUCAGUGAGCUAUUCCGUGACGACCAGCGGGUGACGCUCUCCCUGACCAGGCUGGCGGUGGCGGCCUCGGGGCAGUACCGCUGUGAGGUGAUCGCUGAGCAUCCAAGCUUCAGGACAGAGUGGUCCGGCGCCAACAUGACCGUGCUGCGUGAGCCACUCUCCAACCCCGUGCUGGUGGGGGCGCGCGAGGUGUACGAGCCUUCGGAAAUCAUCAAGAUCGGCUGCCAGCCCAGUGACCGCCACCCCCUGGACCACACCCAGCCCACUCUGCAGUGGUUCCUGCAAGGCAACCAGGUGGGAUCAGAGUUGGUGACGCCCUACGGCAGCGCCCUGCAGCGGGGAGUGUCAGGUCUCUCCCUCCGCGUCCCAGGCGAGCAGGUGGUGUCAGCGGGAGGACAGAUGGUGGCUGAGUGCCGGCUGACGCUUGGCCCUCAUCGUCUCGCCUCCAACACCACCCUCAAGGUCCGGCCGGUCUCCACCACCUACCAUGACUACCACGCCUCAGUUCCCGUGGCGCAGCCUUGGUGGGGCGGAGCGAGGCGCGGAGACAGGCUGGUUUACAUACGGAUGGUCUUGAUCACGCCAUGCAGAGAGCAGCAGUUCUCCCCACACUCUCCACCCAACCAUGGCCUCUUUUCUCAUGGCGGCAACCCUCCUGGUGCAGGGGUUGCUGUAACCUGAGCCUCCGUAUCACUGCCUAGGUCUUGCAUUAGUCUGAGUCUUGCUGUAUGUGCUGCCCAAUAAAGUAAGUCUGUACUGUUUUUUCUCUUCUUCCAAACUUCAAGAUUUGGAGGUUGGUGGUGUGUGGUGAUGAAUCACGCAAUAGAACAGUUCCCUAGGUAUUUUUUUAGAAACAUGAAUAAGUUUAUGGAGGGAAUAUCACUAAGAUUUAAAUUUACUAUGUUUGGAAUCAUUGAGAGUGCAUCUGAAAGAUGUCUUUGACUGCUUCAGUAACUGACUGAAUGUACAGUGCUUCAUGGGGGAUUAUGAUCUUGUUUGGUAAAGUGAUGGUACCAAAGGUAGCCCAUUGUCAAUAUUCAGAUUAGAUUAAUGUGAAAUAAAUACUAACAUAUCCAAGAAAAAUUGUUUGUUCAUCACUUUGUUGAUGAAAAUUAAAUAAACUAUCACAAGUUUGCAAACAGAGAAAGGGUCCCUUAGCAAAAUUAAAUAUGUAUGUGUUCAGAUGACAGGAAAUGGAGAAAAUUAUAUAAUUCACAAUACUAUGAAUGCUGUUCUUGUGUAAGAAGGAAAAUGUUGUACAUAUAGAGCUUUCCAUGUACUGUCAGUAGCCAGUAUGUGGAUUGAUCUCGGUUAAAGACUAACUUGAAUCAUUGUAGGAUCUUGAAAUGCCCUUAGAUGCAGUUCCAUAAGGAAGAUAUAUAUAUAUAUAUGUAGUCCUUUGUGCCAAGAUGAAGUUUACCUAAAUUGCCUAUGUAAGCCCUCUGUGAUCUUGACCAUAAGAAGGCUUAUCAUUCUUAUGGAGUCUCUACCAUCUUGAAGAACAACCCUUCCAUGCUCGCAUCUUCCCAAUAGUUAUUUUUUCUUAUCAAUAUAUUCUAGUUUACAUGUAACUUAUUUCAAUGAGUGACUUUCCUGUUGUCAAAUUUUCAUUGCAGUUUUAUUUUCAAAGUUCCUAAUGGGGAAUAUGAACAUCUUUCAAAUGACAGCCUUCUGUUUGACCUUCAUUUUAUAUUUUUUUACACAGUGAUCACUUGGCAGAAUGAAAAUAACUUAUCUUCUGAGUAGCUGAAAUAAAAAUUUUGCUAUUAAAUUAAACAUUUUGAAAGCUCUAAAUUUAAUUGGUCUGGCCUAUAUCAUUCAUUUUCUAUUUUUACCCACAUAUUUUUCCUCUACGCUGUUUACUUUUUUUCUGGCAGAGUUGCUGCUACUGUGGUAGAUUGUGGGAAGUGCUCAUCUGCUACAUUUGUUCCAUCAGUAGCUUUAUAUGAUUUUCAAUUGUCAGUAUGCAGUCCACUUAUAUGCUGAUUAUUUUACUCAGGGCCAUUGACAGUAUUGAUAGGCAACCAUCAUUAUUAUUUUUCUUAUCAUAAUUCCUGAUGAGCUUCAUGCACAAUCCAUAGCUUCUGAUCAUAAUUGUUUCUGAAUGGGACUGAUGUAAUUCCUUCACAAUUCUAUCAAGUAGAUACAUUCUUCCAUCCUCCUAUCUUGAAGAACACUUGGCCAACACCCCAGCACCACCAUACUUUUGCAGUACAAAGGUUUUAUCCAUCACUGUAUAGAGAAUGGUUCUCAUGCACGUGGUUAAGAGAAGGAAUCACGACAAACUUCCAGGCAGGGUAGAGACAAGAGGUAUUUGCCUUAUCAGUUACCUUUCUUGUGCUACAUUUUCAAUUUUUCUUUUUGCCAUAGCUUUUCUUCUUUUGUUUUCACUCUUCAUUUUUUUUUUGCAUUAUUAUUUUUUUAGUUAUUGUCUGCAUGAAUUUACUGCUUGAUGGCCUUACUAUGGAAAACAAACUUGCUGUUGCUCUUAUUCUGUUUAUGAUACAAGUGCAAAGUUUCACCAGGAUCUUAACUGUGUGAUUCCUUUUGUAGCAGUCUGUCUUCUUUUAUUUUUGUCUUGUAACUUUAGACUCCAGCAAGAGGAGGAGUGGCAAGCCACAGAGGGAAUUACUGACUUACCUUCUUGAGACUUUCAUUGAAUGUGUUUUAUAUUUAUACCUUCCUGUUGUAAAUAAAAAUCUUGAGUAUAUCCACAAAGUAUGAUGGAAUGAAAAUACUGAUUUUCUUUAGCAAUGGGGAAAGAGAGACUAUUCAUGAGAUAAUGUAGCAAGUCUUGUGCUGUGAAAUUGUGUGAAGGGUGAGGUAUAUUAAUUUGUAGCAAGUCUUCUGCUGUGAAAGUGCAUGAAGGGUAAAAUGUUCAUUAAUUUAAGAAGAAUUAAGUGUAGUCUUGGAACACAGAGAGAGAGAGUGUGGUGAGAAAUGAGAGGAAAUGAAACAUACUGGAGGGAAUCAGUAGGAGCAGGAGAACUGAGAUAAUCAUCAUAAGCUGUUUUAAUCAACAAUGCAGCAUGUACUGAUUUCAUGACCAUUGUUCCUUUUAUUUGUUAACUAGUUCUUCACAUGUUAGCAGAUCCACACACUUAUGUAAAGACCAAUAGAGAUGAGAAGAACUCCUAAGUAUGGAGUAUGAGGGUGAUUACAUUAUAAUUGGUACUAUUUUAGUAAUAUGGUUGGUUCUAAUUUUAGUAAUAUGGAAGUUGUAAAAGUGAGAUUAAAGAAAUCACAAGAUGUGUAAGGUAAGAAGCUGGUCAUGAUGCAGCAGAUGGAGAUAUGAAUAUGUUUGUUAUUUAAGGAAGGGAUGGAAGGUUGAGUGAAUGUGAGAGCUGUCUUUAGUGUGUGUAGUUCUCAUAGUGUGUAGUGCUGUUUUGAAUGUCAGUAAGCUAAACAAACACCUGCCCAAGAUAUGGAAUGAACAUAGUGAUGUGAUUGGAGGAUAAGAUUGAAAUACUCUUCAUUAAGUUAGAAGCAGGUGAGAGUGCUACAUCAAUAAAGAGAAUAUUUAAUGCCAACAUAAUUUGGAAUUGUGAAAGGCCCAUGGAAAUAUCACCUUUUCCCUAACAAAUGACAAUACUGUUAAACAAAGCUGCAUAUCAUGAUAAAAAGCCAAUAAAAAGGCAACUGUGCUGUUUUUCAUUAUUAUUUUAAUUCAUUCAUGACUGAACUUUCACAUGCUAUGGAACUUUGUCCCAUCUACCUGAUUAUGGUAAGAAUGCCUUAUUUUCUAGUUUCCAUCUUAAUCAGAACUUGAAUAAAAAGUAUUCAAG